ACAUCAAAGAACGUAGAUAAAGGAUGGGCCUGGGUCAUCGCCUUCGCUGCCUUUUGGACUAUGUUAACGGUGAUAUCUAUGCAUAGAGCUUCUGGGGUUUUCUAUACAGCUCUCAUGAAAACUUAUGGAAUUUCUAGAGAACAAGCAGCUUGGCCUUUUUUCCUCAGGAAACCUAUUGCCUUUUUCAUGGGUACUUUAGUUGGAGUUCUGAUCUCAUCCGUUUCCAUCAAGACUUUAAUUUUAUUUGGAGUUACUGUUGGGACAAUUGGAAUGGCCACUCUAUACUUCGUUAAUGACAUUCUAUCAUUAAUAUUAAUAUUCGGAUUAUUUCACGGUAUUGGUUCAGGCCUUGUCAGAAUGUGUAACGUCAUAUCCAUUAAUAAUUAUUUUAGUAAGUAUCGUACUGUUGCUUUAGGAAUCAUGUUAGCAGGAAUUUCUACAGGUGCUUUCAUUUUUCCACCCCUUAUUGAACUAUGUAUCGACGAAUAUGGACUUCGUGGCACAUUCCUCAUUUUGACAGGAGUAAUCCUUCAAGGAUUCAUCGGAGCUCUUUUAUAUCGCAAUCUUCCAAAGAAAGAAGAACCGAAGCCUGAAGUAAAUGCAAAGAGAUCCAGUGUUACAGAAUUCAUAAGAAGAAGAUCCUUUGAUACAGCCAUUACAAUUUUAGAAAAUAAUUCACCUAAUAGAAAAGAAAAUUCAAAAAUUAUCAAACCUAUAGAAGAAGCUAACAGUAAAGAAAAUAUAUUUUAUAAGGCCAUCAAGUCCUUAAUGUUUAUCUUCAGUAUCCCUAUGUAUCACGUUAUAUGGAUCUCGUACGCUAUAUUCGAUAUCAGUUUUUCGACUUUUAUUACUAUUAUUGUGGAUCACGGUAUGGAUUGUGGAAUCGAUGAACACCAAGCAGUCUUCUUCCUCUCUUCUUUAUCCAUUGCGGAGUUAUGUGGACGAUUAGGAGGAGGAUGGAUUGUUGAUCUCAAUGUUCUUAGCAGGAAGAAUUUUGUCAGAAUUGGGUUUUUAUUAAUGGCUGUUAUGUUUGUAAUUAUACCUUUAUUAAAAAAUUUCAUUGUAUUGCUUGCCAUUACUGCUGCUGUUGGAAUUUUAGGAAGUUGCAUUCUAAUUAAUGGCACUACUCUGUAUACAGAAUAUUUAGGUUUAGAAAGGUUACCCUUGGCUGCUGGAUCUGGAUCUACAAUUAGUGGUUUGAUAGGAUUGGCUACACCGAAAAUUAUUGGUUAUUUCAGAGAUUCAACAAAUAGCUACAACACUCUCUUCUACAAAUUUUCUGGUUUUCUUUUCCUUUCAUCAUUUUUAUGGAUUGCAGAACCAAUUUUUGUGAAGCUCCAUCGUUCUAAUUCAACAGUUCCAGAAACGUUGGCAAACGAAAAUGAAAACGUAACCAAUAGGUAACUGCAAUAUUUGAUGCAUAUAUACGGUCGUCAUUUUGUAUUUACCUUGUGCAACAUUUCUAAAAACUUACUUAAAUGGUUGCG